AUGCCAUCGUGCCGUGAAGACGUCGUCUCUGGAGAACCGAAUACCAUAUCGAACAUCAUCAAUACGAUUCAUUACAACCAGACGAUCCCAUACCGCCAACAGCAGCACCAGGUCGCUGAUAACUCACAGCAACAUCAACCGAUAAUGCAACAAACACAUCAGCAAACGCCGACGCAACAGGUCCAACCACAUUCUGCGGUUGCGGCUCCCAUUGAGGGGACCCAAUACUGGUAUGGCUAUCCAUCGAGAGCCAUACCCGCGACACCGGCGUUACAUCCUCAGCAUCAGCCGAGUUCGAUCCCUCAGUUUUUCAACCACGCCGACGUGAUGUCCGGAUGGCACUACACAACUCAGUACUCGCCGUAUAUACAGUAUCAAUCGCAACACCUACAUUUUCAAACGCAAUCGCAGUCGCAACAGCAUCAAACGCAAGAACUGGAACACCAUUCGCCGUCUGAGCAACGCAUUCAGUCGCACUUGUCGCAGCCGCAUCUGCAACAGAACUCGCCGCCUGAGCAACUCUAUCAGCACCCGUCUCCACAGCAACAUCUUCAUAGUUCGCCGCCACAACAAGUCUGUCCACAGCAUCCGUCACCGCAUCAACACUUACAAAAUUCGCCGCCUCAACAACUUUGUCAGCAACUUACCACCUCGUCGCCGCAAUUACAACAGAAUUCUCCGUCUCAGCAACAUAAUCAGUCCAUCACCACAAAUCCAUUACCGCAGCAGCGCAUUCAGCAACGGUUAGCAAAACACCAGUUGCAAGGAAGUUCACCGCCGCAGUUCUUCCAACAAAAUUCACCGCCGCAAUAUCUUCAACCGCAAAUACCAUCGAGGGAACAGGAGUACGAAAUUUCGUACAGACGGGUGCUGAAAUGGGGCAUUAGAAAUAUCGAUAUGGCAUUCCGCAAUCAAUAUCCAUCAGCGACCGCGAGAAUAAAUGGCAAUAUAGACGGCAACAUGAACGGCAGUUUAAAUGGCAGUUUGAGCGGCAGUAUGAACGGCAGCAAUAACAGUAACAAUAGCACUUCUCCUACAACGCCGCCUAAUUUUCAUACUCUAUCGAGACGCGGUAGUAUCUUCGGUCAUGUUCAAUAA